GCCAUUUUAUUACAGAACUAAUAAGAUAAUUGGGUUUUUGUUUCUUCUGCUUCUUCUGCUUCUUCUGCUUCUUCUGCUGCUUUUGCUGCUUUUUCCUUAUCUUUCUGUUCUUCUCUGCUUCAUUUUUCAUCUUUUCUUUUGCUGUUUCUGCCCCUACCUGCCCUGCCCAGCUCUCUGGAGUAGACUCAACUAAGUUCUCGACCUCCGAAACCCAUCUUGAUUCAGCUUCUUUUGACUUCGCUGCUUCAUGUCAACUACUUCUAUUUCUGAUAUCUCAAUCCAAAGCUGAGUGCCAUUAUUCAUCGUUAUUCAUCUCUUGAUUCUCUUAUUGCUCAUAGCUAGGCUAUUCACCUUCGUCCCACUUUCUUCCCGGUUCUGCUGUUACACGUCUUUCGCUCUAGAUGGACCUUAUACCUUCAUCCUCCUCUCUUUCUCAACCAAAUACUGCUGGUACUCAUCUGAAUAACACUAGCUUAGUCAAAACCAAAAAAGUGAGAAAAAAAUGUCUCCAAAGACCUUGUGAUGCUUGUGCUAUAAGAAAAGUCAAAUGUGAUAGCAAUGGUAAUGACAAAACUCCUUGUUCAAAUUGUAUCAAACAUAAAAUCUCUUGUACAAAUAAAAGAAUUCGCAAAAAGUUAGGCCCUAAAAAUUUACAUAAAAAAACUUUGAUUCAAAUUAAUAAUUCAAUUAAUAAUAAUCUCAAUACCACUAUUAAUAACAAUAAUAACAAUACCACUUUUAAUAAUAACAAUAACAAUAAUCUCUCUUACUCUAACGACAAAAUUAAAAAAAUAUCAAUAAAGUAUAUCCUACCUUGUCUCAAAAUUUAUCAAUCUUAUAUCUAUGGGGUUUGGCCCAUUUUAUCGGUUAAUAGCUAUCUUAUAUCUAAGAUCAAUAACGACAAUGACAUCCUAAACCAUACAACUUCUCCUCACUAUUCAAUGGUUUGCGCAGUCUCUGCUGCCAUCGUUGUACAAUCUUCCUUCUUAAACUCAAUGAACAUAAAUCUAAAUCUUAAUAACUUGUCUGCCCUAGACUUUGCCAAUGAAGCCAUUAGAGUUCGAUCAUUCUAUGAUUUCAUCUCUCCCUCAAUAGAAUCCUUAUUAACUUCUUAUUUUCUCUAUAAAUUUUUCUAUUACUCAAAUGUUUCAAAUAACUUAUCAAAGGCAAUUUACUACCUAAGAGAAUCAAUCACUUUCUCUCAAUUACUAGGCCUACACUUGCCAACAACCUAUAAAAAUAAACCCCCCAUCGAACAAAAUAAUUUCAAAAAAAUAUAUUAUCUCCUUUAUAACACUGAAAGAUAUAUAUCUCUUGAACACACUUUUCCAAUUGUUUUAGACCCGAUUAUUGAUCUCCCAAUCCUAGAAUAUGAUGACCAUCCUCACUUGUUAAAUGGCUUUCUCAAACUAUUAGGCGUCUUCAAGACUCCUGAUAAAUCCUUUUUCGAAACUUGGAUCAAAAUAGACUUGAAUUCAAACACACUUAAAAACUCCUUGAAUCAUGUUAACAUCAAUUUCAACAUUAAAAAUAUAAGACCUUGCAUCAUCCAAAUCCAAAACCAUUUAUCACAUUUAUCGCCUUGUUAUAGUGCAACUGAUAUCCAGAAAAUUGAUAUAGUUGUAACAAAAUUCUGGAUUAAAUCUCUAACCUGGACCAUGGCCUCAAAGUUUCCAAAUCUAUUAAUUAACCCACUAGAAGUUUCCCUAGAAAAUCCCCUCAAUCUUGAAUCUUCUUUAAGAUUAGAUUUUCCCUUUUUCAAUUUACGAACUUUUAUAAAUAUAAUCUCAGAUUCACACUUGAGCUCUUUUGCUGCACAUGGUCCAAUAGUUAUCUUAAAAUUACUACAAAUCUCAGAAUCCUGUUUCCUUUCUUCAAAUAUACUAUCUUCCUAC